AUGAAAGUGUUCUGGACCAAAACACUUGUUAUAGAUCAUGUAGAGCCUCCAGAUCUGUCUGAGGACCCUGAAUACAGUCAGAGGCUUCAGUAUCUGGGAGAUAAACAGCAGAGCUGCACCAUCAGACUGAGUCAUGUGACACAGAAAGAUGAACACAUGUACUAUUUCAAAUUCAUCACUGAUAAAACUGAUGGUAAAUGGACUGGUUAUCCAGGAGUGACUCUUGCUGUCACAGAUCUUCAGGUGGAGUCUCCUGAGAGAGUGACAGAGGGAGAUUCAGUCCGUCUGACAUGUAAAAGCAGCUGCGCUCUGACUGACGGAGCAACAUUCAUCUGGUACAGAAACUCACAGCCAUUAACUGAGAGAAGAGACAGAAACAAUCAACUCCUGCUGCAGUCAGUCAGAAGAGAGGAUGCAGGCAGAUAUAACUGUGCUCUACAUGGACACACUUACAUCUCUCCUGCUGUUCAGCUCAGUGUCAGAUAUCCUCCAGUGAAUCCUGUGAUCUUCAUCAGUCCAUCUGGUGAAAUAGUGGAGGGAGAUUCAGUGACUCUGAGCUGCAGCAGUGAUUCAAACCCACCUGCAGAAAUCAGCUGGUUUAAAGGAGGAACAACUGUAGGAUCUGGAAAAAUCUACAGCAUCUCAAAGAUCAGCUCUGAUCACAGUGGAGAAUACAAGUGCAAGUCCAGAUAUGAACAUGGAGAGAAAUACUCUGAUGUUGUGACUUUAAACGUCAUAUAUCCUCCAAAGAGCGUCUCAGUGUCCAUCAGUCCAUCUGGUGAAAUAGUGGAGGGUGAUUCAGUGACUCUGAUCUGCAGCAGUGAUUCAAACCCACCUGCUCUGAACUUCAGCUGGUUUAAGGAGAAUCAAAGCUCAGCUGUUGGAUCUGGACAGAGUUUCAGUGCUCUACAGAGCGGACGCUUCUACUGUGAGGCUCACAAUCAACAUGGAUCUCAGAGAUCAGACGCUGUUACUGUCACAGUUCAUCAUGGUGCUGGUAGGAAUGUGAUGUUUGGGAUCACAGCAGCAUCUGGAGGAGGAUUAUUCAUCAUCAUCAUCGUCGUUGUCACUAUACUAUUUAUAAUGAAAAGGAUAAAGAAAAGAUCUACUAUACAUGAGUAUGAGAAUGAUGAUCCCAGUGUAAGCACAUAUACGGCUCUAGAUCUCAAGUCCAGGUCUUCUGAUGUCUACAACACACUCACAUCUGUCCAUCCCCGACCUGCUGUUCACCAGUCGGGCUCCUCUGAAUAUGAAAAUCUGACAGUAAGUAGGAGAUCCACAGGUCUUCUCAUGUAAGCUAGACUAGAAGAGUAAUUUCACCAAAAAAAUACGGUUUUAAUGUGUUUCGCUUGACUUAUUUUUGUUGUAGCCACACAGCAAGAUGCCACAGUAAAAUGAAGCACAAGUUAGACUUUACUCAUCUUUUCUUGCGUCACUGAACAGUCACAUCUCAACUCCUGAUGAAAAUGAAAACACCUCUGUAGAGUUUCCAUUCUGCUGUGAAGUGAUGUUUCUCAAAGGUCCUGUAGAAAAUAAUGGAAUUAUAUUCAUGUGUGACCUCAGUGUGAUGAAUGAAUAGUCUAAGUGUAAUUUAUAAAGCUAUUAUAAAGAGCCUUAUAAAAGCACUAGUGUGACUGAAAUGUGCAAGAAUGUUUAAAUACUUUUAAUUUUUAAACUGAAAUAAUGAUCAAUAUUUGUUUGUUUUUUUAAAUACUUUUUUGGAGAGUGUGUUGACUUGUCACGUAAUUUCGGCAAAUGACACUUCGAUACCUCAUGCUGUUUCAAACCACGUUUUUGAAACGGUGCUGAUUUGGGGCUAGAGGGCAAUAAUUACACAGCAGCUGCACAAAUGCUGUGUUUUUACAUGUCGGUUGUAAAACUAGAACAAAUGAAAACACAAUAUACUAUUUUUUUUUCUAAUGUUUAAAUGUCUAGGCCAAUCAUGAGAUAUAAACCCUAAUAAGAAUUGACUUAAAAACAUACAUGUUGUACUCUGAACAGAAUCUUUAUUCAAAACAAACAAAAAGUACAUAUAAAACCUAUAAAAGCAGUAUAACUAUACAAGUUUUUAGAACAUUAUAUUUAUAUUAUAUUGUAGUUUGUUCUUUUAUUAAAUUGUGCUAGUUCUUGUCAUUUGUUUGUGUAUUGUUUAUUGUAUGUAUUUUACCUAAAUUCAUUAGUUCAGUCUUAUGUGCCUCUAGAAGCUUGCGUCUGCAAGUGAACGUAACAUUAUUGUUCAUCCCAAAGAGGCACAAAAUCACUUUCACGGACUUUUAAAUUAAAUGUUCCCUCCUGGUGGAAUGACCUGCCCAACUCAAUCCGAGCAGCUGAAUCAAGAAUCGGCUUAAUUUUUAUUAUAAGAAUCUUUA